ACGAACAAAAGGCUUAGGGCGAAGAAAUACUUUCCGAUUAUGUAGAUUUUUUUUUCAUUUGAUCCCAGUUUUCUACAUUUAUAACAUCUUCUCCAGAUUUUGAAAUACAGCUUCAUGCAAGAUGACAUGUGUUUUGGAGGAUAGGAUGAGUGGAGGACUUGAAGAUGAGCUAUCCUGCCCAGUCUGUCUGGAGUUGUAUCAAGAUCCAGUUGUUUUACCGUGUCGACACAACUUCUGUAGGGAGUGUCUAAGAGCCCACAUACAGCAACUCACAGGAAAGGCAGAACAAUUUCCUUGUCCUUUGUGUCAAUGUGCUAUCAAUCUUAAGGAUAAUCAAAUUGCUGAACUACCAAGAAAUUUUUCUCUUGCAAAUAUAAUCAGUAAGUUUCAGCUUCUUAAACUUGAAUGCACAGAAACAGAAGCUGGAUCAAGACUUGAAAAUCAAGGUUUUGUAUGUGAGACACACAGGCGAUCCCUGACUGUAUUUUGCAACACCUGUAGCAGUGUGAUAUGUACCAAGUGUCUCACAGAUCACCCAGGCCAUCACACACAGGAUUUGGAAGAUAAAGUCCUGUCUUGUAAAGAUGAAGUGAAGCAGUCAGUGUUGCCAAAGAUAACUAAACUUACGUACUGUCUAGUCAGUACUCAACAAGAUCUCACCAGUCGAAGCAGCAGUAUGGAGGAACAUAUAAGAAAUGACUGGAAAGAGGUAAUGGACACCUUUGGUAUGCUGAGAUCAGUUUUAGAUCAAAAGGAAUCUGAGCUGAGAUCCAAUUUACAAACCAGGAAAGAAGCUAUCCAUUCUUACUUUGAAACAGAAAUGCAGAAAGUAGACAGUCAGUUGAAAUCUCUUAAACAGCUUAAAAAUCAAGGGUUGAAAAUUCUCCAGCAACACUCUGUCCCAGACACAAAUUGGUACCAGGCAUUUAAACAGUACACAGAACUACUUGAGGCUACAGCUGAGUUGGAGGUGUAUGAGCCACUAGCUACAGUUCACAUGAACAAAGGCAGUCUGAAUGCUGUACACUCAAAACAAGGCAUCUGUGAUACAUUGCGGAGGAUAGCUGAGGACCUGGAUAAAAUAGAUCUUUCCUCUAGUCAACAUUCAGGAAAGACAAUGGUUGUGGAAUGUGUAGGUCAAGAUAUUGAUGUGCACAUGAAGUCCAAGGUGGCACUGGAGAGGAUAAGAAAGCAUACCAGUAAUUCAGGUCGUUUAACUAGUAAUGGCUCUGAUUCUCCGACAUCGAAGACUCGGGAUCGUAAUAUGAAGAAAGAAGCAGAUUUGAGAUGUCAACAGGUUGAAGAUGCUGAGAAACCCGGAAAUGAAUCGACUUUAAGAUAUACUGACAAAAGGACACAGCAAAGUUUUAUCAAGAAAAUGUUGUCAAAGUCGUUGGAGAAACAGUCAGAGGUUUUCAUAGUUUCAAAUAGUUGGAUAGGAAAAUGUCAGACUUUCCUAAACAAGAAAGAAGGAGAUGGAAUUCAUCCAGGCCCUGUAGACAAUUCUCCCAUCAUGGAAACUGAUGAUAGCUUGAGUUCAGACUUGCUGGAGGGAUAUGACUUUGUGGCCAUCAACGAAUCUGGUUGGACAAGAAUUGUUGAUUGGUUCGGGCUUAAGGAUGGACAAAAGCCAAUAAGACGUAAGGUCAUUUCUGAAGGACUACUCACAGGAGCACUAAGUGUCGAGCUCUAUCCAAUGAGGGUUGUUCUUGUAUAUGCAGGUCAAAAGUUCAAUCAGUGCUAUAGUAAAACAGAUUCUCUUGGUUUUUUAAAGCAGGAAUUCCACAGAAUAUUUAAUCUUUGUGAUAAAGAUUUGCAAAUGAAAAUUAAAGUAGGAGGUAUUAAAAUAAACUACUGGAUAGACCUUUCAAGGGAGGCAAAUAGCUGCUCUCUAAAGGAUGCUGGGAUAACACACGGAACGGAAAUCCAUUGUGAUAUUGAAUGAAUAGAUGCAAAAACUGUUUUCAAUGCUGGUUUGGGAAGGUAAAGCACUAAUAAAUCCUAAACUACCUCGUGCCUUUUUUGUCUUAAAUUAUAAUAUUAGUAAAAUUUUCUAUUGAAUCAAAA